UGUGUUAAUACAUGCAACUCAAGCAUCAUAAUCCACGAGGAAUUAGCAUGGAUUUCAUCCAGUGUUUCUUUGAUUAAAACAAACAAACAAAACAACAACAUUUGGUUACAAAUUUGUAUUUCCCAGUGUACAAAAUAUCAUUACAACGCCAUGUCAACAGAAACAUAGUCUACUACUGCAUUUGGCAAAUGACUGAAACAUGCAUGUAUGCACUUUACAAUUAGAAAAUGUAUAAUAGCUUUUAUCCCUAUAUACGUUAAACUCAUGCCAUGCUUUUUAAAUUAUAUUCUUCCCCCUCACUUUUGCGUCUAUUCCCAACAAAUACGUUCUGCUUUUCAUUAUAAAAUGUAUAAAUGCGACGAAUUUGGACCCAGCUUUGCUGUUUGCUUGACUUACAGGUCCUGUGGAGCCAACCAGGCAUUCGCCAAUCAUAGUCGCUCACGGAGGGAGUGGACCAAUCAGCGCUUCGCUAUGUUGAAUAUUCAUGAAUCGUUGAUUCAAACCUUUGAGGCGAGUUUGUGUAGAUCCACAGCAUCAUGCUUAGACUUUUCACAAAGACAAACUCCAUUUUCUUAUGAAUGGAAAGUGAAAAAAUCAGAUCAGCUUAAAUUGGGAUCCAUCCUUCACUGAGAUCAUAGAAGAAAACAAAAAGGAAGAGAAGGGAUCAGCCAGAAGAGAUGACAAUGACUGCAAUGCCCGAAACCCUUAAUAGCCCUGUCUCAGGGAAGGCGGUUUUCAUGGAAUUUGGGCCACCAAGUCAGCAAAUCUCUCCUUCCUCCAUGUCUCAUGGACAUUAUUCCAUGCACUGUUUACAUUCUGCCGGUCAAUCUCAACACGAAAGCUCAUACAGCACUGCUUCUUCUUUCCCGAGGUCUAUGGGUUAUCCAUAUGUCGGCAGCCAUUCGUCAAGUCCAUACAUCAGCACAGUGCAAUCCUAUCAGAGCAGCUCGACUCUAACCCAGACGCGGUUAGAGGACGCAGAGCCAGAGAAAAACACAGUGGUGGAAGGUGGAGAAGUUCGAUUUAACGGGAAAGGGAAAAAGAUCCGCAAACCCAGGACUAUUUAUUCCAGUUUGCAGCUACAAGCUUUGAACAGGCGCUUCCAGCAAACCCAAUACCUGGCUCUCCCGGAAAGAGCUGAACUAGCAGCUUCCAUGGGGCUUACACAAACACAAGUGAAGAUUUGGUUCCAGAACAAGCGAUCCAAGUUCAAGAAGCUGCUGAAGCAAGGCGGGGGAUCUUUGGAGAGUGCAUUAGCUAAUAAUGGCAGAAGUCUGUCCGCCACCUCGCCUCCUGUUCCCGCGGUCUGGAACGCCACCUCCUCUGGCAAGACGUCAGCAGGGACAGCGGGCACUUACAUCCCCAGCUACACUUCAUGGUAUCCUUCAGCACACCAAGAAUCUAUGCAGCAACCUCAACUGAUGUGAUAAGAAAUCGACCCCCACCCCCACCCCAACCCUCUAAGACCACUGCUGGUCCAAAACAGAGGGAUCAGCGGGCAGCUAAAGUCGAUAAUGCACAGCACCCUCGUCCAUUGCAGACAGGCACGCAUGAGAUGCGGAGCUUGUUCCCAAAUGCUGACAGCUGACAGAUCAGCCUCCUGACACCGUUACCCCAUCCACAGAACAGCCGGGGAGCAGAAAGACUCUGCGUUCAGGGGCAACAAGAAUGCCUUUUUUGUGUUGGGAGUCUAGAGAGAUCGAGAGGAUGGAGAAGAAAUAUAGGCCAUUAAAGCUGCUGUAUCCCAUUUCUGUGACCCCCUGCUGUAAAAUUAGAUGUAAACACAGUUUUGAGACUUUAUGAUCAAUUGUACAUUUACUAUAAAUGUCAAAGUUGCGUACUGGUCAUAGACUGUAUGUUUGUGUGCUUCACGCUUUAUUUAAAUUCAUUUAAUUGUAUAGUUAGUUUUAUUUAAAACAAAAAUGUCAGUGUAUUUGUAAACAGUUAUUAGUCCAUUAAACAAAUACCACUUUUACUGCUGCAGUGACACAAAUAUUAUUUGGGUUGUUAAAGCCAUAAGCCAACCUCUAAUUGGGACAUGGCAUUUGGCAAACCCCUAGUUUAAAAUGAGAUCCAUAUAUUUUAAUAACGUUUUGUUGAAAUGAGGUUUUGCAGCUUUAAAGAAAGAGCCUUUUCAAAACAACCUUAAUGCCAAUAAAUUGUGGCGCUGCACAGCUUAGUGCACAGACUGAUGUAUAUAAAUAUACUAUUUAAAUAUGAUGCAUAUAUUUCUUGUUUUUGUUUUGUGUGGCUGUAUACAUGAUGCAUUGUGAAAUGGAAUUUUUCCUGUGACUAUGGAACACGUGUUAAUGAAAUAAAUGUGUUUAGCGUUCUAUAUGUUAAAGUUUAGUUUUAUAUUGAAAAUGUUAAUUUAUUGUUUGUAUUAUUUAAAAAAAAAAUGUAAAUACCGUGUAAAGUUUGAAGACAGUAAAAUUAUGAUUUUAAAAGGAGAGAGACUGACGAUUCGAAGUUGUCUUUUUAAGGUGAAAGGACAUCUAUAAACGAAUACUUUUGUAUUAAUGUUUUUUGAAAUUAUGAACCAGCGCAAUUGUAACCUGCUUUAAAGUAAUGGUUUAUCAUUUAAACCAAGCACAACUGACGGUAAAAUAAAGGUCUGGGUUGAUUUCUAAACACAACAAAGCAUUUAACUGGUAUGUGUUUUCAUUAAAAAAAAAUCUCACAAUUUAUUUUUUUUUAAAACAAUUUUUCUUUGACACAAUGUGUAAAUCACCCGAUACCCUUAGUUUUAUCCCUGCGGUGCCUUCUCGUGACUCUGGUCUGAUUAUUCGUCCAACAAUUACUGUACUUGUUGCUUUUCAUUUACAUCUAUAGUCCCUAUAAGAUCCUUUCUCCCCUUGUGCGGUAACAAUGACACCCCUUUUCAGCGACGAAUGGCAGGAAGAGCACUGGUGUGUGUUAAGUGACUAAUUGAAAGAGGAGCAGGUGCUGCAGGAAAAGAUGGUUUGUUGAGAAAAAAAAGUUAAAAUGUGGAUCAGUAAAAAACGGCAAGUUCAAACGAGCUCUUGUUUGGCUUGAUGG